GUACUGCAGCGCCAGAGAGAUGUCUGCUAGUUAGCUGCUUCCUAUAGCACGUUGGCUGUUUUCUUUUCCACCUUAAAUGAACCUUGCAUGCAGCAUUAUUAUCUGUAAGUGAAUGAUUUUCCGCGGCCCACGGUUUGUCAACAUCGGGGCCAAAUGUCGGACAAAAAGCGAAGACGAGAGAAGGAGGAGCGCCGAGACCACAAGAGGCACAAGUCCUCCAAACAGGAUUUAGAGAAACUCAAAACACACACGAAAAAACUCAACCAAGAAGUCCAACAGCUGAAACACGUCGAGACGUUCUAUGAGAAACCUCCCCCGGGACUCAUAAAGGAGCACGAGGACAAACCAGAGGACUGUAUCCCCGCCGAACCAGGAAAUGAAGCAGCCAGGAGCUUCCUGGCGAACGCGCCCACCAGGGGGCUGUGGAUGCCUCUGGGGAAGGAGGUGAAGGUGAUGCAGUGUUGGCGAUGUAAGCGCUACGGCCACAGGACAGGAGACAAGGAGUGUCCGUUCUUCAUCAAAGGCAACCAGAAACUGGAGCAGUUCAGAGUGGCUCAUGAAGACCCGAUGUACGACAUCAUUCGGGAAAACAAAAGGAAUGAAAAAGAAACCAGGAUCCAACAGCUGCAGCAGAUGCUUCAGGACACCACUUCCUCCAGUUCAGACAGCUCCUCUUCCUCGUCCGACCACCAUCGCAGCAAGAAAAGGAAAAAGGGGAAGGACAAAAAGAAGAAAGACAAGAAGAGAAAAGGCAAACGAAAGCACAAGUCCUCCAAAACCUCUGACUGCUCGGAUUCAGAUUGAGUGUAACAUGCACUAUGUGUACAUGUGUGCUACUUGCUGUAAACACAGGAAGAGACUGAAUGAAGUAGCAGCAGCAGCAGCGGUAGAUUACACGCAGUAGUGAAGUGUGUUCUCAGUGCACUCUGAAGACCUUGUUUAAGCCUUUUCUCUGCUGGUUGAAACUGUAAGUCCACUGCACGUGACGCUUAAUUCUCUCCAGGGUGACGACUUGCAUUUGCAUCCUCUCUGUUGGAUCGUACAACAACACAGAGCCAUAUGGCACCACUGCUUUAAGUAAGUUUGUGCAUAUGUGUGUGUCAAAAAGCAUUAGCCGCAUGCGUAAUGAAUCGUAAGUGAUAUGAGAUAAGCCCGCUGGUGUAAGAGAUAAUGUUCUUUUGCGGGGUCCAAUAAGAUCGCAUGUCAGCAAAUACAGCGUGUUAUUAAGAGAUUGUAUUUUCCAACCAUAUUUUUGUAUCCUCGCCAUCUCGCUGGCAUUAAAUACUUUGAUUGUAGAGUGUGUUAAAUGCAGAGGUGGAAAAAUAAGGCCGAAUCAGUACAGUGAUAGUUUGUCUUCCACACAAGCCUGAACGUUUGAAUGCUUGUGACUGUACACAAAUAUUUGGAAUGAUUUGAGGUUGGAAUAUGCUUAUUUGCUCUGAAAAAAAAAAAAAAAAAGGGCAUAGAGGUGAAAGAAUGUAUGUGAAUGUGCUCCCUUAUUCUGAGAAUAAAGAUGGCUCUCUUGCUCCAAUGUUUACCCCGCUGAAGGCUGCAAAAACAAAGAUGUCAACAAUGUUGGCUUUGACUUAAUGUCUACGAGACGUUCUCAUAUUGAUGACAACUUAAUCUUUUGAGGACGAUGCAGUGAAACUCCAGGCGUAGAGGACGGAUCAUUAAAAAGUGCACAGCACGGCACCGCAGUGACCUUCCCUGGAGGCGAAGAAGCCAUUUUUCUUUUGAUCUCGUCCUGCUAUCAAUCUGAGGACACUUCAGACUGCUUCUUAAGAGUCUUCUCACAGGUUUGUAACCUCGACAGCUCAGAAUGUUCCCCACUUUCUGUCCUGAGCUACCGGCAGCAGCUCAAGGUGCACUUACCCUUUAGGCCACAUUUUGAGGGAAGUCUGGUGCAUCUCUCCAUCAUGAGCGAGACUCCCUGUGGAAACGAACUCGAAACAUUUUCCCUUUUUCUAAUGACCCUGACAGAGAGACAAUUACAGCAGACCUACAGGGAACAAGCAAACUAGAUUUCCAUUUAGAUUUGUGUCUUAAGCUUUUCUGAGUAGCUCAAAUGCUGCAGGGAGUGUGUGUGUGUGUGUUUGUGAAGAGUGAUGGAGAUACAGCCAUGAGAGCGUUUUACCCGAUGAUUGAGAGCUCUCUCUCUCUCAUCUUCUCUCCGUCCAUCCCCUUUUUUUCUGGCGCUUUUGACCAGCAACCUGAGAUAAAUCAGCCUCAUCGAAGCGGCCUGUUCCAGCGUUGACUUCUCUCUUUCUGAGUACAACCAUGAAUCUCUCAGAUGAGAUUCGUUCACUGGCUGCUCAGAGGGAGGUUGCGCCACGUGGAGAGAAUUUGGUCAGCGGAGAGUCUUUAUUGAAGCACUCUGUCUUCUUGGACAAGGGACAGGUCAGAUUGAGUGCCAUGCUCGUUGAGACGAUUGUGUAAGAGGCUCAGUAUAUUUUGCAGAAAAUUAAGUCUUUUGAGACUCGAGCACUGCGCUUAACGCAUGAAUAACAAUCCUUGUUUGCCCAACGGGAAAGAUGCAGUAACAAGGUUUCUCUCUUCUUUUUUUUUUUUGGUAAUGUGAUAUCAUCCUCACACGGGCAGGAGGUUGUGAAGCAAGGACAGCUCGAAUCCAAGUGAGUUACACAAGCAGGUAAAAGUCCAUUCAUGAGGGGAGAAGAGUUUACCGUGUGAGACGCAACAAGAAAUGAGUGACACUGCGUUUUACUGGGUGCAGAGGUAGAGUGUGCUGCAUCGUGAGUCUGCACUUUACGGGAUGCACCAUGCAGCAGCAGGCCUACUUCACAUAUGAACUGACCGUAUGGGCACAGGCUCAGAACCACCCCAGUGCCUCUUUGCAGCCUCAGAUAAAAUGGUCACAUCUGAUGUAUCGCUCUGAAGCUCAAGUCACAAAAACUCAAUGAUCUUGUUUUGUUUGUUUGCUGAUGUUCCCUAUACUGAAUUUUGUAUUUAGACAUUAUUUAUACACAAUUUAAACUGUUUGGAUGUUGAAAACCUUCAAUCUAACGCGACUCUCAAACAACAGAAUCAUUUCAAACCAUUUACUUAAGUCUGUUUACUUUCAAAGUGACCUUCCUAAAAUCUAUUAAAAUAACCGGUUUGCCUUCUGUUAUUUCUGUACCAGGCCUUCACAGCCCAUGUACGCAGUCAAAUUAACAAUUUUAGUGGAGGACACAGGCUGGUGUUUAAAUAGGCAGAGGUUUGCAUCCUGUGUAUUUCACAGAGAGACAAACAAACCUGAGAAAAAGAAAGAUUUCUGCCCAGAUUAUUUAUCAGGAGGGGCUGCAGGACUGUCUGCUCGACACUGUUCACUCCCUCUUUUACUCUUAAGCACACUGGCUUUAUAUCAGAAACAGUAUGUAAUCACU